AUGGAUCUGUCUGUUAAUCAUCUCAACGACUUGCUGUACCUCACAGUUAACCAGGACCAGACCUGCUUCGUCGUCGGUACGGAGGAUGGCUUUCGAGUCUACAGUGUUGACCCUUUCAAGCCAGCAUUUAGCCGGCGAUUUAGAGAUGUUAUUACGACAGAAAACGAGUCGAAUUUGGAAGAACCACGAAGUGAUGAAAGUGUGGUAUGUCGGAGAUCUGAUAUUGCUGAUGCUAAUGGUGGAAUCGGCAUAGUUGAGAUGCUGUAUCGUUGCAAUAUUCUGGCACUUGUGGGUGGCGGUAGGAAUCCUAGAUUUGCCCCACAUAAAGUGAUCUUGUGGGAUGAUCGUUAUCCCCGACCCCUCGCGGAGUUGUCAUUUAGAACGACCGUAAAGGCCGUUCGGAUGCGGCGAGAUAUGAUUGUUGUUGCUAUUGAUUCUAAGGUUGGUAUCAUAGCGCUGAAUCAAAGUGAGAGCCGCGCUGUGCUUGCCACAGUUGCUGACCAGCAGAAAGGUAAGGUCAUUUGCACGCAUGCACAAGAUAGCAUCUUUCGUUUAAUAGGUCGGGUUCGUAUAAGUGCCUAUGAUAUGCCCCUUACGGCGGAGUCUCGAGGGCCGAGUAUUUCCUCGGUGAUUUUAGCUCACGAUUCGCAGAUCAGUCAGCUUGCAUUGGAUUCGAGUGGAAACCUAUUGGCAACUUCUAGUGACAAGGGGACAUUAAUAAGAAUUCACGAUACGACGACAGGGUACCUCCUCCAGGAGCUCAGGCGUGGGGUUGACCGGGCUGACAUAUGCUCUAUCGUUUUCCAUCCGAGCGGACGGUGGAUUGUGGUCUCUAGUGAUAAGGGGACGGUACAUGUGUUUGCGGUUCGAUUGCCUUCUGGAGGUGGGCGAGAGUCUCGAGGGGGCGGUGGGAACGCUCGGAGCAAAUUCAGAUUCUUUGGUGGCUACUUUGGGUCGGAGUGGAGUUUUGCACGGUUCCGCGUGCCCGACUAUCGUUGCAUCGCAUGCUUCGGUAGCACUACGAACACUGUUGCUGUUAUGUGUGCUGAUGGAAGCUACUACAAGGCAAAGUUCGAUCCUGUUUUCGGAGGGUUUCACCCUAGUGAUAUGAAAAACUUAAUUUACGACUACUGA